AAAGUUACGCACGCCGCACACGCUGCAUUUCCACUCAAGAGCAACGAAUCGACAAGGGAGCGCGAGCCAUGCCGCAGAGCGCCGUGACGUCACCACUGCCCGCAACCAACAUGGAGGAGGAGGAAUGCGGCGUCUGUUACCAAGGCUACGGCGCGGACAGGAAAGCCUGCCCCCUUACCGCGUGCCGGCACGUGGUGUGCGACGGCUGCCUGAAACGCCUGGCAACCGAGGGCGCCGUCAAGUGCCCCUUCUGCCGCGCUCACUCGCCGUUGCCGAGCGACGAGGAGGAGGUGGAGGAUGCCGAGGGCGUCGCGAGGAAGAGCACGGGCCCCCGCAGUUGGCUGAAGAGGCUGUGCAGGAAGGCGCGAGCUGGCUCUCGUCGUCAAGAUUCCCUCGGAAAAGAUGACAUAAGAGACUUGGCAUUGAUGAGCUCAUACUUCUUUUGAUCCUGUCGGCGAAAAUCAUCCGUUUAUAUCCUCUGGUUGACCUGUCAAACUUGAGUAUGUUUGAAUCGCCAACUUCAACCUUAAGAACUGCUUCCUGAAUUACUGGAAUCAGUCUGCAACCGUGACUUUUGGCUCAUGUAGACUCACUGGCUAUGGAUAUGACACCGUAUUAGGUGGCUUUUAAGAAACAAGACCAGAUGGCUGAAUGAUGUGUAAUUAAAACACUACUUCAGGAAAUCCUGCACUUGUAACUAAACCAAGUACUUGUGGUUCUGCAGAACAUGUUACACACGGAGAGAGGGAUCCCCCCCACUACACAUUAAACAUUUUACACAAAUAUUGCUGAACUUUUUUUAAAAGAUCUCAAAGACUUCCUCUUCUAACUCAUGGGGGAUCAAGUCAAAUCUUGAUUUUUGGGGAAUGUCACAAGGAUGGAAUGUUACAAACUCCUAAUGUUAGAAGGAAACAUUUUGUAUUUAUCAUUUCUAUGUUCUUGGUAAUGUUUGUUAACUGGAAAUUCCCUGCUACUUUGUCUCAUAGUGGAAUUGUGAAAUUACAUCAGAUUUAUUGGCAGUUUGAUCACAAACUUGUUACAUCAAAUAGGAAUUUCCCAUUUUAAGGGAAGAUCUUGAUUACAUGACUGAUGCACUUUAUUUAUAUACUUUGUUUCUA